GACACUCCAGGUGCACGUUACGCCUUGUUUUACCUCAGACGGGCUAGCAUUAAACCGGUGUCACUCUCUGUCUGCAGCUGUUGGCAUGCUAGGUAGCAGGGAUUGGGAGGCAGAAAACACCAGACCGUAGUUUAACCACCGGGCAGCGAAGCUUUCAAUGAACCGGAGCAACGGAGCCGUGUGAAGUACUGGCAGGGGAGCAGCAUGCACACAGGGCUUGUUGUUCUGGUUGCUUUCUGCCUAGCUGUGGAACUGGUGACUGGGGGUGGGAAGAAAUCCUAUAACGGACCAUGUGGGGGUCGAGAUUGCAGCGCGGGCUGCAAAUGUUUUCCAGAGAAAGGUGCUCGGGGUCGACCGGGAUCUAUUGGGAACCAAGGACCUAUAGGUGUUCCAGGAUUUGCUGGGCCAGAAGGUUUGGCAGGGCCAAAAGGUGAGAGAGGGGCAGUGGGCUCUCCAGGAUCAGCUGGACUGAAAGGAGAUAAGGGUCCAAUGGGAGUGCCUGGAUUUCAAGGCAUCAAUGGGAUUCCGGGCCACCCUGGCCAGCCAGGGCCCAGAGGUUUUCCUGGCCUUGAUGGCUGCAAUGGUUCUAUUGGGAGUCCUGGUGUUUCCGGGUUGGAUGGGUUUCCUGGUACACAAGGGCCACCUGGUCGCUUUGGUCCCAAGGGUCCCAAAGGAGAACCUGCAUAUGCCCAAGGUGGCCUUAAAGGAAGUAAGGGUGAAAAUGGUCUUCCUGGAUUGGAUGGGAUUUCUGGUGCAAAAGGUUUCCCUGGUCCAGCAGGUUCUGUGGGUCCUAUAGGAUUGCCAGGUUUGCAGGGGCCACCGGGUGCAAUGGGGCCACCAGGACCAAAAGGUAACAUGGGAUUAGGUUUCCAAGGAGAGAAAGGUGCAAAGGGAGAUGUCGGGCUACCUGGCCCUGCAGGUCCCCCACCAUCCACUGGGAUACUAGAGUUCAUGGGAUUUCCAAAAGGGAAACCAGGAGCAAAGGGUGAGCCAGGCCCUAAAGGAUUCCCCGGGAUUGGAGGAUUACCUGGCCCUCUGGGCUUUGGGGGUAUCGGAGAAAAAGGAGAAAAGGGGAUCCCUGGCUUACCAGGUGGCAGGGGAUUUCUGGGAUUGGAUGGAUCUGAUGGGUUUCCAGGGAGAAAGGGUCAGUUUGGUCUCCCUGGUUUUCCUGGGCUGGAUGGAGUGCAAGGAAUGAAGGGUGAAUUAGGUGAAAUGGGUCCUCCAGGCCCUCUUAUUUCUCUCGAUAGAGAAGACGGACUCGUCUCAGGUUUGCCAGGAGAUCCCGGGAUUCCAGGGACUCCAGGCCCUCGAGGAGAUGAAGGGAUUGUUGGUUUACCAGGCCUUCCUGGCACCCGAGGUCUCUCAGCUCUUGUUCGAGGGGCACCAGGUCUCAUGGGAUUUCCAGGUAUUCCAGGUAUUACUGGUGAACCAGGAGACCAAGGGAGAGCAACAAUUGGAUUACCAGGCACUCCAGGCAUAGGUGGUUUACCGGGUAUGCCAGGACCUCCAGGACUGCCUGGCCCAUCACAAAUCCUCAAUGGAGAACCUGGGGAACCAGGAAGACCUGGACAACGGGGGCCACCAGGAGUUUUGGGACUAAAAGGGACCAAAGGGGAUCCAGGUGAUUGUGCUUGUGAUGGAGGAGUCACAGGAGCUGGACCAAAAGGUGCACCAGGCCCUCUGGGUCCACCAGGUAGUCCUGGUGAACCUGGGUUUAAGGGUUCUAGUGGAGAUCCUGGCAGUGUGGGUGCACAAGGGCCGCGAGGGCCUCCGGCUUCACCUGGUCAACCAGGUUCUCCAGGCCGUAAGGGAGAAAAAGGAGAUCCAUCUUUUGCAAGAGGCAGAGGUCUCCGGGGGGAUCCUGGUGCAACAGGAGCCAGAGGGCCUUCUGGCAUCCCAGGAACUCCUGGCAGAGAUGGAUUCCCAGGUUUACCAGGCCAGCCAGGUCCUCCGGGUGAUGGUGGACUAGGCUUUCCAGGCGAAAAAGGCCUGCCGGGAUUACCUGGCUCCAAGGGCCGGCGUGGGGAGAGCGGUCUUCCUGGCAUUGGUUUCCCAGGUCCUAGUGGAGUUCGCGGCCCUCCAGGUGACCCAGGAAUGGAUGGUUUUCCAGGACAACCAGGUCUUCCAGGUCCUCCAGGUGACUGCUGCUGCGGUGAGAAGGUUGGUAAAGGAGUCUUAGACACAGAGGGAGGGAUCACCUUGCCCUGUGUAGUUCCUGGAGGGUUUGGUGCCCCUGGGCCUCCAGGCAUACCAGGACGUCCAGGUCCCAAGGGCAGACCGGGGUUUCCAGGCAUUCCAGGUCAACCUGGAUUACGUGGAUCAAAAGGACAACCAGGUAUUCCAGGAUCAAUGGCAUUGCCAGGAGCACCGGGCUUUCCUGGGCCUCGUGGAGAUCAGGGACCACAAGGGCUUCCAGGACUUGAUGGAACAGAUGGUUUCCCUGGAAAGAUGGGAACUCCUGGCUUGUCAGGGGCAAAAGGAGCUCCUGGUGAAGUGUUUGGUGCUGAAAGAGGAGCCCUGGGUGAGCGUGGCAGACUUGGAUUCCCAGGAGAUAAAGGACUUGUUGGAGAACCUGGAUUUCCUGGACAGAAGGGUGUUAAUGGAAGGCCUGGCUUACCGGGUUUUAAAGGUGAACGGGGUAAUCCAGGGCUCCCAGGUAUUGAUGGAUUGCGAGGACCUCCUGGUCCUGGAGGUCCGUUUGGCAUUAAAGGAGAACCAGGUCCCAGGGGAGCAGUUGGCUUCUCAGGAUCACCAGGACUUCCUGGAGUCAAAGGACCAACUGGUGAUGCAGGUCCACCAGGCCCUGCUGGUAUGAAAGGCUUCCCAGGUCUAGAAGGUUUUCCAGGACCACCUGGGGACAGAGGAUUCCCAGGGUCACCUGGGCCUUUGGGUAAAGAUGGACGUCCAGGUUUCUUUGGAGCAAAAGGUGAAAAGGGUCCUCCCGGGUUGAUUGGCUUUCCUGGCAUGCCAGGCCUGCCUGGUAUCCCUGGGGUGAGUGGGCUGAAAGGAAUUCCUGGGUCAGCUGGAAGGGAAGGAAAUAUUGGAUAUUCUGGACCCUCUGGUCUAAAAGGUGACAGGGGUGAUCGAGGUCCACCUGGACUCCCGGUUCUUAGGCCUCCAGAAUUGGCAUUGGCAUUCAAGGGAGACAAAGGUGAUCGUGGGUCACCUGGACUGAGAGGAUUCCCUGGACCUAGAGGUGAUAAAGGAUUCCCUGGACCCCGUGGACAACCUGGUCUUCCUGGUCCACGAGGAUCGCCAGCCACAGAUAGAGGACUACCUGGUGAUGCAGGGUUCCCAGGCCUGCCUGGACCACCCAGCUUGCCAGGACAGAAAGGACAGGCUGGAAUCAUAGGAUUACCCGGAUUUCCAGGAGAAAGUGGUUCAGAGGGUAUCUCAGGAGCACCAGGGUUCCCAGGAACUGUUGGUUUCCCCGGUCCAAAGGGUGACCCGGGGGAAUCACUUGGAAUUCCUGGUGGGUUAGGAGAUAAAGGAGAACGAGGGGACCGUGGAUUCCCAGGUGAGAGGGGGAAAGAUGGGCCAAAGGGUGAACCAGGAUACCCAGGAAGCACUGGCCUGGAUGGGCCUAAAGGUGUCCCAGGUGACCUUGGCCAAGAAGGACCACCAGGCCUCCCUGGAAUUGCUGGGUUGCGAGGAAAUGCAGGUCUCCCGGGUUCUCCAGGGCUGCCUGGACCUGUAGGAUUCAUCGGACUCCCUGGGAUAGCAGGGCCAAAAGGAUUCCCUGGAUUUCCUGGUUUAAAUGGUCUGAACGGCUUACCAGGCACAAAAGGGUCACCUGGAACACCAGGUCUGAGUGAAGCUGGACUGAAUGGCCCUGCAGGGCUUCCAGGUCCUAAGGGUGAAGAAGGUUCCCCAGGCAUUGGCCUAGGAGCCCCAGGACUCCCUGGGCAGAAAGGAUCAUCAGGAGACAUGGGUCUUCCAGGUACCUUGGGUCUGCCUGGUUUACCAGGGCCUCCUGGCAUCUCUCUUCCUUCAAAUAUACCUGGGAGACGUGGUGAUUCUGGCCGUCCUGGAGUGGAUGGGAAUCCAGGCCCCCCAGGUCCUCCAGGUCCUCGGGGGCUCUCCGGCCCAGCCUCCAAUCAAGGUGAUACCGGCCUUCCAGGUUUACCUGGAGUUCCUGGUUUGCCAGGCAUAAAGGGUGACAUAGGACUCCCUGGUCCAACUGGAAUUCCAGGAGCUUCAGGACUCAAAGGUGUGAAGGCUGAGCCAGGCUUUAUGGGGAUGCCAGGUAAAGAUGGGCUUCCAGGGGACCCUGGAAUUCCUGGGCUGAAAGGUGAAACUGGCCGUCGAGGUUUCCCGGGCCUACCAGGCGCUCCAGGCCUAGUACCAAAACCAGAAGAAGUCAUAGUUCCUCCAGGGCUACCUGGUCUGCCAGGAAUUGAUGGAGUCCCUGGCUAUGCUGGAGAUCGUGGAUUUCAGGGACCAGAUGGGCAGCAAGGUCCAAAAGGUCUGUCAGGCAGAUCAGGUCAGGUGGGCCGUCCUGGUUUACCAGGGCCAGAUGGCACAGUUGGGGACCCAGGAACCCCAGGUAUUCCAGGGCCACCAGGAUUGGAAGGUGUAUCGGGAAAGCCAGGCCUGUUUGGUUUGCCCGGAAUGCCGGGUCGGAGUGUAGGCGUUGGAUACACUUUGGUGAAGCACAGCCAGUCAGAGCAGAUCCCACCAUGCCCAAUUGGAAUGAAUAAGCUCUGGGAGGGUUACAGCUUGCUGUAUGUGGAGGGGCAGGAAAAGGCGCACAACCAGGAUCUAGGUUUUGCUGGCUCCUGCUUGCCUCGCUUCAGCACCAUGCCAUUUAUUUACUGCAACAUCUAUGAGGUGUGCUACUAUGCCAGCCGAAAUGACAAAUCCUACUGGCUCUCCACCACUGCUCCCAUCCCCAUGAUGCCAGUGAGCCGUCUGGAGAUCCCACAGUACAUCAGUCAUUGCUCAGUGUGUGAAGCACCUUCCCAGGCUAUUGCAGUACAUAGCCAGGACAUUACCAUCCCGCAGUGCCCCGAGGGCUGGCGCAGCCUGUGGAUCGGAUACUCUUUCCUAAUGCACACUGCAGCUGGCGCGGAAGGCGGAGGUCAGUCCCUUGUCUCACCCGGCUCUUGCCUCGAGGAUUUCCGUGCUACUCCUUUCAUUGAAUGCAAUGGUGCCAGAGGAACCUGCCAUUACUUUGCAAACAAAUACAGCUUCUGGCUGACCACAGUCGAACGCACGCAGCAGUUUGUCGGUGCUCCUCCCUCAGAAACUCUGAAAGCAGGACAGCUCCGAACCCGAGUCAGCCGUUGCCAAGUGUGCAUGAAGAACUUGUAGCAAAAACAACCCAAACAAAUAAAACUUUGCUACCUAAGAGUUUAAACCUCAUUCAUUGGAAGAACUAUAAUCACAUACACCCAUUCUGCUGGUGGUUUGUGGAUAAGUUACAACAGCCAGAACACUACUGAAAUUAUGUUUUAGAUCCAUAAGAAACAUAGCUCCACACAGAAGGAAGGAGGGACAGACUAAUCUCUGAAACCUCUGACUGUUUUGUGGAACAUGGUGCUACACUUUUUCUUUCAUGUUUGUUUUCCUAUUCAUGGCUACCUCAGAAAGUCUCUGAGCCUUUCUCAUUCACAUUGCAGAGUGACAAUAUUAUAUUAUACAAUAUUAUAAUAAAGCACUCCAUAUUAUAUCACCCAUCCGUUUGAUGCACUCAUCUAUAGCCAAUGAUAGAUUUUCUUAAACAAGUUUGUGCUUCACAGAUUAGUUGUCUUUGCAGAAAGCAUUUGGCAUUGGCCUAGGGCAAUACGCAUUGAUUAGAUGAGAAAAUAUGUAAUGAAAUGGAUUUUCAGUUGGAAAGGAACUUAACUCUAAACUAAUUAAAACAAAUCACUGCAGCAGAGGUGCUCAGAGUAUUAAGCAUUAGAUACUGAGAACUGGCUUCCCUGGGAAGUUCUUACUUAAAGAUGAGCUUGUUUUGUUUUGCUUUUUAAAGGAAUUGGCAUAAUCUUUGGUUUCAGUGAUGCAUGAGCAACUUGGAGCCAAAUUCAGACCAGCUGUAACUGAUUUUGCAUUCCCCCUCCAUGAAAAAUUUGGAUUUCUACCUGGACUUAAAGCCAUUUUCAUUAUUCAGCACAGCUUUAUCACUAUUGAAAUGUGUUCUAUGUAAGCACACAGUUCAAGAUUUGUUGUUACCCUUUUGCACCCUAGCAAUUUGUGACCUCCAGAAUAAUUUCAUUAGUAUUUACAUAUGAAAUCAUCUUUCCGAGGUAGCCUUGGAACAGUUUUUUUUUGUAAGUAUUCAAUUUGUGUAUAUUUUAAAAUGUAGAAGCCUUAUUAUUUAGCAUUCAAGUUUAUGGAAACAUAGAAGCAAGCAGUUGUUGGAUGUACAUUUUUUUACUGCUAAAAUCACCUGUUUUGUAUUCUUCAUCCACUGGGCUUUAUUUCUACUAGUUAAAAAACAUUACUGUAUUUCUAAUGCACUGUUAAAUAUUCACACAAUUCCUUCAGGUUAUAAUUACAAUCAGUGGUUUUCAGACUAUAUGGGAAAAUAGAAAUUAAGAGAAAGCCAUAAAUACAAUAUGUCUAUGCUGAGAACUAAUUAAGGCUAAAGUUAUUAAUUUCAGCUUCUUUCUACAGUGAGGUUGACAACACCAUUGGUAUCAGCAUUUUUAGAGGAUUUGAAGCGAGGGCCUUGUAAAUUCCAAAUCUUUUUUUUUUUUUUUUUUAUU